AUGAACAUUAAUAUCACGCCAGAAACGCCUCAGACGUCUUCCACGGCGCAAGGGACAUCGUCCAACAACGCAGGCUCUGGGAAUACUCGCAUCCAGUUCUCUCGAGGCAACAGUCGAAGCUCAGGGCUACGGGUACCUUCCCUUCGAGGGGAAGACUCAGAGGCCGCGGAAGAUUCAGAUGCAGAGGCUCCUGAUGCGAGGUAUUCUGCUGGAAGCAGUGGAAGGCGACGUGUGGACACUCAUGACAAGUUGUGGGCCGAAAUUGACAUUCUGAACGAGGUGCAACGCAUCUCUCAACUCACACAGUCCGACAAGGGUUUCUUCGGCAAGGCCCACUCAGAUGCAGUGAACCAGCUGCGACAGACACAAAUCAAUCUUGCACGUGCUCUAUCUAACAUCGAUAAGCGAAUGGACAAGUAUGAGAUCGCAGAGGCAGGCGAUAUCGACACUAUUAAGCGAACACUUUUCAACCCUGAACACUUCGAGCAGGUGAACCAUAACGUUGAGCAAUCGUUCAUUAAAUUGCAGGCGGUAGGAGAAGCCAUGAAGGAGGCUCAUGACAGAGAGAACUGGGACGAGAGUUAG